AUGGCCGAAAGGGACACUCGCACCGUCAGGGUCAAGAACAGAGCGCCCGCGCCCAUCCAGAUCUCAGCAGAGCAGCUGCUAAGGGAAGCCAAUGAACGUCAAGAGCCCGGUGCAAUUGCUCCCAAGCAGCGCAUUGAGGACUUUGAGGAGCUCUCCGAGUACAGAGGAAGGAAGCGCAAGGAAUUCGAAGAGACCAUCAGACGGACACGAUCCAACGUACGGGCCUGGUGCAAGUACGCCAACUGGGAAGCAAGUCAGGGAGAAUACGCACGUUCACGCUCCGUCUUUGAGAGAGCGCUCGACGUCGAUCCCCAGGAUAGAUCGAUAUGGCUCAGCUAUACCGAAGCUGAGCUGAAGGCGCGCAAUAUCGCUCAUGCGCGCAAUCUGUUUGAUCGCGCCGUGACACUUCUGCCUCGAGUCGAUCAGCUAUGGUACAAGUAUGUCUACCUGGAGGAAUUGCUCGGCAACAUUGCAGGCGCCCGACAAGUUUUCGAACGAUGGAUGGCGUGGGAGCCCAAUGAGAAAGCCUGGUCGGCCUACAUCAAGCUCGAGAUGCGAUACCAGGAAGCCGAGCGCGCUUCUGCUCUUUAUGAGCGACUGGUCUCUUGUCACCCAGAUCCCAAACAAUGGGUCAAAUGGGCCAAGUUCGAGGAAGACCGCUCCCGUCUAGAUCGGGCGAGGGAGAUCUAUCAGAUGGCGCUAGAAUUUUUCGGGGAGGAGGAAGAGCAGCUUGAGAAGGCACAAGGCAUCUAUGCUUCCUUUGCAAAGUUUGAGGUCCGCCACAAAGAAUACGACAGAGCGCGCGUCAUCUACAAGUAUGCUUUGCAGCGAUUGCCUAGGUCAAAGACGGCGUCGCUCUAUGGAGCGUAUACGACAUUUGAGAAGCAGUUCGGCGACCGCUCAGGUAUCGAGUCUACCGUUCUCGGCAAACGUCGGAUACAAUACGAAGAAGAAUUGCAACACGAGCCGCGCAACUACGAUACCUGGUUCGACUAUUCGCGCCUCGAAGAAGAUGCCUACAUCGCCUCGCUGGACUCGGGCGAAGCGGGAGAUCCAGACAGAGUGCGAGAGAUCUACGAAAGAGCGAUCGCUCAGAUGCCUCCAUCUCAAGAGAAGCGGCAUUGGCGUCGCUACAUCUUCCUCUUUAUCAACUAUGCCCUCUUCGAAGAGACUCGCACGAAAGACCUUGACAGAGCAAAAGACGUCUACGAUGCCGCUCUCAAAUUGAUACCCCACAAGAAAUUCACGUUUGCAAAGAUCUGGCUACUGUACGCCUACUUUCAUCUCAGGCGGCUCGACAUUGCCGCUGCAAGAAAAGUACUUGGGGCGUCGAUCGGGCUCUGUCCGAAAGCAAAGUUGUUCUCUGGUUACAUCGAGCUUGAGAUCAGACUAUGCGAGUUCGAUCGCUGUCGAAAGCUCUACCAACAGUUCCUGGCCUUUGAUCCUACGCUAGCGUCAGCUUGGAUAAAGUUCACAGAGCUCGAACGGGGGCUGGGUGACGAAGAGAGAGCAAGAGCGAUAUAUGAAUUGGCGGUCGAUCAAACCAGUCUCGAUAUGCCAGAACUACUCUGGAAGAGCUACAUCGACUUUGAAUACGAUGAGGAGCAGUGGGAUCUCGCUCGAAGGCUCUACGAACGUUUGCUCGAAAAAGCUAGCCAUGUCAAGGUGUGGGUCAGUUUUGCUCAAUUUGAAGCAACUGUCGGCAGAGCGAUCGCGGCUGAAGUCCAACCUGAAGAAGUCGAAGAGCCAACAGAGGAAGCAAGGGAGGCGAUCGAUGCCGGACUUAUUCGAGCUCGACAGGUUUUCGAGCGAGGCUACGCUGAUCUCAAGCGCAAAGAGCUCAAGGAAGAGAGAGUCGUGCUCGUGGAAGCAUGGCGCACGAUGGAAGAGACCAUCGGAGACGCAGAGGGUCUUGCCAAGGUGGACGCUCACAAGCAUCGCACAGUCAAGAAGCGCAGAAAAGUUGACGAAGAUGGCACGAUGGAAGAAUACUACGAUAUCAUCUUUGCAGACGACGAGGCUCAGGCGAAUCCGGCGAGCUUCAAGUUGCUCCAAGCUGCUCAUGCCUGGGCUCAGAAGAAGGCUGCUGCUGCUGCUGCUGCGCAAGCUGCUGCUGCUGGAGCUGCGUGACGGACAUGCAUGUAUCCCAUCAUUGCAUCACGCGUCAAAGAUUAUCCCAGAUCACACGACAGAGGAGUCGAAAUCUAUUUUGAUCGCGGGCGAUCGGAUUCGAUUGGGACGGACGGAUCUCG